GACAUGCUUGGGAGGGAGGGGAGGUAGAGGGAAGAGCGGGAGCGAGCAGAGAGGCGAAGGCAGAGCAGGAGAGGAGAGAUAGCUGAAGGUGAGACAGACAGACAGACACAGAGGGGGCUAGGAACACUGGACGAGGAAGGCGAAGCGCAAGAAAAAGUCGACGGUGGUUUGUCCUGGGCCUCCCCGCAGGAUGCCUCGUGCUGUUGUCCAUCGCCAUGUCGAGAAACCCGUGCACAACGCCCUGGAGAACUUUCAGCGCUUCAUGCUGGACAACCCGAUGACGUCCCUCAGGAACAAGAUGUCCGACCUGAACGUCUCGGCAUACUCCAAAUCUCCCCGGCGCGUCAAGACAGGAAAUCCCAGCGAGCAUACGAGAAUGUCAAUGGACAGGACUGAGAGGUACGACAAGUCCAACACCCUCCCUCCACAGAGCGCAAUGUUCGCAUCAGAACCUCCCUCCUCCUCUCCUCGGGUCGAUCGCCUCGCACCGAUCAGGAAACAGCGGAAGGACGGGCAUGACCUGGACCAAUCGUCGGAGCCCGGGCUGACUGCUCGCCUCAUGACUAUGACCAGCAACCCGCUCUCAGGAGAUCUCCGAUACGAGGCUGGCUACUCGGAGCUACAGGCGGCCUUCGAGCGAGCAUACCAGAAGAUGCUCCAUGAGCAGCAGCCUUCUGUCGUCGACACGAUCCUCUCCACGGCAUGGAACCCCGCGGCGAAGAGGUCGGCGAUGUCAAGGACUUUCUUCAAGAAGGAGCAGGACAAGAGUAGCAGCUGGGACACGCGUGCCCCUGUAUACGAGAAGAAGACCUUCUACGACUCCCUCGAGGACACCCACUGCAGGAGAGUGGUCACAAACAUGAAGCUGAAACAGAUUUUGCACAAAACGCGGCCACAGUCAGAGCAUCUCCUGCAGAUGAGGCUGCUGGAGGAGCGGCAGAGCAAGGAGAGCGGGUACCUGAAGAAGCGGGGGAAGGGGAGGAGGAGCAAGAGGAGGGGGCAAGAGCUCUGGGUCGAGACCCUUCAGCGGUUCAUGCAGACGUCCAAGGACCAGAAGAAGGAUGAGAUGCUGACUCGUAUCGCUGCACAACCCCAGCAGGGCAGGUCUGGCGCCCCUUCCCAUCACUCUGACGAGGCGGCUGAGGCUGAGGAGAGGAGGGAGGAGGGGUCGGCUGCGGCUCGAGAAGCAGCGGAAGAGGGAGGGAUGCAAGAUCAUUGGGAGAGGACGGAAACCGACCCAGCACCAACGGGCGGCGAGCCGGAGGCGAUGGCAGGAGGGGAGGAGGAAGGAGAACGACGGCCACCUGGCAGCAUCGAGGAGCUGAAGAGUGUGUGGAUGCAGGCGAAGGAGGGAGGAGCCAUACAGCUUUGA